ACCCUUCAAUAUUUCUUUAACUACCAAUGGAGGUAUUUGGAAAAUGUAUGGUAGAUGUGCCUACAAAUGUUAUUUAUCUGUCCAGUAUUCUUGGCCAAGAUGGGCCAAACAAUGUUCACAAAUGUGAUUUCAAGUGUGAAAACGAACACGUUUGUGGAAACGUGUAUAGGUGCAGGCUAACAGGGCUGACUCACGUCUGUGACAAAAACUGUAACCAGAGAAUUGUGUAUGAUAAUUACAGCUCCCUUUGCAGAGUGAGCAAGCAGAUUUUCCCUCUAACACCUGAUGAGCAGCAGGCGGUUAAAGGUGUACGCAGGAAGCUCGAUGCUGAGAGUGAUAAUACUUGUGCUUUUAAACGUAGUAGGAUUGAUUCUCAGUUCAAUCCCUCUCCUUUCGGGAGGUCCUUCACUGCUGUUGUUGGUCCAAUUAGUAUUAGUCAAGUUGGAGAUGUGGACAUGAUGAACUAGACCAUUAAUAGAGCUGAAGAAAACUGAUCAGCAUCAACUUUACUAUUAUAUUCCCUAUUUUCUGUUUGAACUCUCCCGUUGAGUCUCUAGUAGUAGUAGUAUAUGCUUAGCUAAACUGAAUAUGUCAGUACUACUUUGAACUUAAAUCCAUCCUCUAUAUGUGGGAUGAACUUACUUUCUUAUCUCCUCAUUCUCAUCUAUAACUAUUACCCUGACUUUGA